GCGCCUCCCUCUCUCGGGAGGAUGAGACGUUCCAGGGGCUGUUGCGGAGCUUCAGUUGCUGGGUGACCGUUGGGGCCGGGACGGAGUGAAUGUCCGUUGGCGGGCGGCGAUGCCCGGGGUGACCUUCGAGCUCCGGACAGGGAGAACGAGGGCGUCCUGACCGGCUGGGGCGACGGGCCCGGCGGCAGCGACAGGCGGCCGGCUUGCGGGAAGGCCUGUCCAGGUGCAUAAUGGCAGAAAGUGUGUCUCCACUGAAGCACUUUGUGCUGGCAAAGAAGGCCAUCACUGCGAUCUUCGGCCAGUUGCUGGAGUUUGUUACUGAAGGGUCACAGUUUAUUGAAGCAACUUACAGGAAUCCGGAACUUGAUAGAAUAGCAACUGAGGAUGAUCUAGUGGAAAUACAAGGCUACAGAAACAAGCUUGCUGUCAUUGGGGAGGUGCUGUCGCGGAGACAUAUGAAAGUGGCAUUUUUUGGCAGGACGAGUAGUGGCAAGAGCUCUGUCAUCAAUGCAAUGCUGUGGGAUAAAGUUCUCCCCAGCGGGAUUGGCCACACAACCAACUGCUUCCUGAGUGUAGAGGGAACCGAGGGAGAUAAAGCCUACCUUAUGACCGAAGGGUCAGAUGAAAAGAAAAGUGUGAAGACAGUUAAUCAGCUGGCGCAUGCUCUCCAUAUGGACAAAGACUUGAAAGCUGGCUGCCUUGUGCAUGUAUUUUGGCCCAAAGCAAAAUGUGCCCUCCUGAGAGAUGACCUGGUUUUAGUAGACAGCCCAGGAACAGAUGUUACCACAGAGCUGGACAGCUGGAUUGAUAAAUUCUGCCUUGAUGCUGAUGUCUUUGUUUUGGUUGCAAACUCAGAAUCCACACUGAUGAACACGGAGAAACAUUUUUUCCAUAAGGUGAAUGAGCGGCUCUCCAAACCAAACAUUUUCAUUCUGAACAAUCGUUGGGAUGCUUCUGCCUCAGAGCCGGAAUAUAUGGAGGAUGUGCGCAGACAGCACAUGGAUAGAUGCCUUCACUUCUUGGUAGAAGAGCUCAAAGUUGUGAGUCCUUUGGAAGCUCGAAAUCGGAUCUUUUUUGUUUCAGCCAAGGAAGUUCUCAACUCCCGAAAACAUAAAGCCCAGGGGAUGCCAGAAGGUGGUGGGGCACUGGCUGAAGGAUUUCAGGCAAGAUUACAAGAGUUUCAGAAUUUUGAACAAACUUUUGAGGAGUGUAUCUCGCAGUCAGCAGUGAAAACCAAGUUUGAACAGCACACUGUCAGAGCUAAACAGAUACUAGACACUGUGAAAAACAUAUUGGACUCAGUAAACGUGGCAGCAGCAGAGAAGAGGGUUUAUUCAAUGGAAGAGAGGGAAGACCAAAUUGAUAGACUGGACUUCAUCCGAAACCAGAUGAACCUCCUAACACUGGAGGUUAAGAAGAAAAUCAAGGAGGUCACGGAGGAGGUGGCCAACAAGGUUUCUUGUGCAAUGACAGAUGAAAUUUGUCGACUGUCUGUUUUGGUUGAUGAGUUUUGUUCUGACUUUCAUCCUACCCCCAGUGUACUGAAAGUGUAUAAGAGUGAAUUAAAUAAGCACAUAGAAGAUGGUAUGGGAAGAAAUUUGGCUGAUCGGUGCACCAAUGAAGUCAAUGCCUCCAUGCUUCAGUCACAGCAAGAAAUUAUCGAAAACUUGAAGCCAUUACUUCCAGCUGGUAUACAGAGUCAGCUUCAUACACUAAUACCUUGCAAAAAAUUUGAUCUCAGCUAUGAUCUCAAUUGCCACAAGUUGUGUUCAGAUUUUCAAGAGGACAUUGUGUUUCGAUUUUCCCUGGGCUGGUCUUCCCUUGUGCAUCGAUUCCUGGGCUCCACAAAUGCACAGAGGGUGCUGCUUGGGCUCUCUGAGCCUGUAUUUCAGCUCCCUAGAUCUUUGGCUUCAACUCCCACUGCUUCUCCUAAUCCAGCAACCCCAGACGGCGCAGCUCAGGAAGAGCUCAUGAUCACCUUGAUCACAGGAUUGGCAUCUCUCACAUCUAGAACCUCCAUGGGCAUCCUAGUUGUUGGGGGAGUGAUUUGGAAAACAGUGGGCUGGAAACUCAUCUCUAUUUCCUUAAGUAUGUAUGGAGCUUUGUACCUUUAUGAAAGGUUGACUUGGACCACCCGCGCUAAAGAGCGAGCAUUUAAGCAGCAGUUUGUGAACUAUGCAACCGAAAAGCUGCAGAUGAUUGUGAGCUUCACAAGUGCAAACUGCAGCCACCAAGUCCAGCAAGAAAUGGCUACCACUUUUGCUAGACUGUGCCAACAAGUUGAUGUUACUCAAAAACAUCUGGAAGAAGAAAUUGCUAAAUUAUCCAAAGAAGUAGAUCAGCUGGAGAAAAUACAAAACAACUCGAAGCUCUUAAGAAAUAAAGCCGUUCAACUUGAAAGUGAGCUGGAGAAUUUUUCGAAGCAAUUUCUGCACUCAAGCAAUGAAGAAUCUUAACAAAGGUUGCUAUGCUGAUUGCAUUGGAGGAAGUGGACUUGGAAGAAGGGGAGAACUAUUUUCAUGAAAUGACCUCAGUAUGAAUUACUACUCUGAGUACUGAUGCCUUGCAGAGACUGUGGUAAUGACCUGUCUUGGGGGGGGUCACACUUUUUGAAGUGUCGCAAUAACAUCAUUAGCGGUAGUUUAAAGACUGAACUGUUGGGUUAAAUGAUGGAUUCCUUUAGAAUCAGUGGAACCAGCUGUGCAGCCUCUGAGGGGUCCUGUGACUCUUAACCAGGGCUUUCUGUCUUUGAUUCUGAGUAACUGCUUCCUGGCAUCCAGGAGUUAGAGAUCUUUUCAUCUUCCUUCACUAGUUCUUGAUGCCUUCUUUAAUGGGAAUACGGAAUUUCUUUAUCAGAUGAUUUGUUCACACCAGGGAGUGUGGGCUGCUCCUGGGUUUCACCCUCACAGCAAGGAUGUAACCAUUACUACACAGUUUUAUCCUCAUUAAACUCAUGUGAAAUCGUAGGAGGGCCUGUCGUUAUAGCCACACAUGAAGUAUCUGGCUCUGGUCUUCUGCUCUGUCUCUAACAUUUCCAGCCUUGAGUCCAACAAGGAGAGGUCUUCUGCCUAAAUGUGAAGUGGACGGUCAGAAGGGAUGGCUAGCAUGGGGCACAGGAGGUGUACGUGGCGUAUGGUGACAUGACUGUGACAAAUGGAUCCUUGGGAGGAAUCUCACUGUCCCCACUAGAAGCUUUGACUUUAAUUACAUGAAUUUCCUUGGACCCCAUUAAAAAUUAUUACUCUUGCCAGGCAAUGGUAGCAUCCCAGCACUCAGGAGGUAGAAACAAGUGGAUCUCAGUGGUGAGUUCGAGGCCAGCCUGGUCUAUAAAGUGAGCUCUAGGACAACCAGGACUACUGUACAAAGAAACCAUUUUGAAAAAACAAAACAAAAACAACCACAAAAAUCACUGUGUUCGUGAAAUGUUUAUAGUUCAGGUAAUAUGUGUGCCUCUGUGUUAGAGGCUGGUUGACAGUGUCUAUGGAAGUACUUUUUUUUUUUUUUAAAUAUUUAUUUAUUAUGUAUACAAUAUUCUGUCUGUGUUAUGCCUGCAGGCCAGAAGAGGGCACCAGACCCCAUUACAGAUGGUUGUGAGCCACUAUGUGGUUGCUGGGAAUUGAACUCAGGACCUUUGGAAGAGCAGGCAAUGCUCUUAACCUCUGAGCCAUCUCUCCAGCCCUAUGGAAGUACUUUUAAAUGGCAAGGAAGGUUGCUUCUUUGACCUGACCAUGAAAAUAAAGUGCUAAGCUAUGAGUAUUUUCUAGAUGCCAGCUGUGCCAUCCAGGGGACAGUGCACUCCAUUCGGUUGUCCUUGAAUUCACAGAGAUCCACCUCCUAAGUGAUGGGAUUAAAGGUGUGCACCUACCAUAGGUACAUCUCUUAUUUUUAAAAUUUUAAAGAAUGUUACAAUAUUUUAUACCAUUAUUUACACCAUCAGAAAGCUUCAGACUUAUGUUUUAGGAAAAUUGGGUUUGGGGCUGCAUUUAAACACAUAUGACUACAUUUUGCUUUUAUUGCUGAUAUUUUAUCCCCCAAAUGGUAACCAAGUGUGAUUAGGUGAAAAUUACAUGAAAAACUUAUCUGAAAUCAAGGUCUGCUAACCUAAGUUACAAAGUUACACCGAGCACUUUAACUUCUGGCCACAUAAUUAGCAUGCUUCAGUGUAGUUCUCUGGGUUUGAUCACUGGGUUAUCAACAUUACUUUGAAACUUGUAAGUGCAGGUUCUCAAGCUCAACACAAGAGUUCUAGAAUCAUAUCAAUUUUGGAGUCUACAGCAAGCUUCAAGAAGCCCUGCAGAUGGUCUCAGUGUACUCUGAAGUCUGGGAAUGAAUGUUCAUAGGUCAGAAUGCUUUCCAUCACUGGAUAGGAGUGCAGUUCCCAGCUGAUGAAGUUGUGGCUGUUGAGAAAAGAUUGUUUUACUGCUGGAAGCCAGCUUUUCUACCAGACUAGAGUGCACCUGUGGCUGGGCUCAUGCAUCACACAGAAUGGAAUCAUGACUGUUACUGCUCAGUCACUACACAUACUUGAUGAUUUACUGUGUGUGUUUACAGUUUUAUAAACUUUAUAUGAUCUUUAACUUUUUACAAAACGUUUUUAUAAGUAUGCAAGCUUGCAAGAUGACAAUAAACCUAUUUGCCGUUAGUUGAUAAAUG